AUGACCGUGCAGCGCCCGUCGUGGCCGCCGCUGUACUUCCCGCACUUCCACGGCACCGAGCCGGUGCCGCGGGCGGCGGGCGGCGCCUGGGCCCCGCGGGCCGGGGACGCGGCGCGGCGGCCCCCGGAGCUGGCGCAGCUGCAGCUGCAGGAGGAGAUGUGCGAGCUGGGCAUCCGCCUCAAGGAGCUGGAGCUGGCGGCGCUCAUCGGCGACGGCUUCGACGGCAGGCAGUAUAAGAUCCUGAAGGCACUGGAAGAAAAGAAGAUACAAAGCAUGAAAGCAAUGCAGAACCUGAAGUGA